CUGCGCCCUGAGACAUUUUUGGCGCCGGCCGCAGCGUGAGCGGGGACGGCGGCCGGGAGGGCGCGGCCCGGGUUCCCGUUCCCCGCGGAGCCAUGCGGUACAACGAGAAGGAGCUGCAGGCGCUGUCCCGGCAGCCGGCCGAGAUGGCGGCCGAGCUGGGCAUGAGGGGCCCCAAGAAGGGCAGCGUGCUGAAGCGGCGGCUGGUGAAGCUGGUGGUGAAUUUCCUCUUCUACUUUCGGACAGACGAGGCCGAGCCCGUCGGAGCCCUGCUGCUGGAGCGCUGCAGAGUCAUCUGGGAAGAGCCCGGCACCUUCUCCAUCAGCUUCAUCGAGGACCCUGAGAGGAAGUAUCACUUUGAGUGCAGCAGCGAGGAGCAGUGUCAGGAGUGGAUGGAGGCUCUGCGUCGGGCCAGCUACGAGUUCAUGCGGAGAAGCCUCAUCUUCUACAGGAACGAAAUCCGGAAGGUGACGGGCAAGGACCCCCUGGAGCAGUUCGGCAUAUCCGAGGAGGCCAGAUUCCAGCUGAGUGGCUUACAGGCGUGAGCGCAGGGCCUGGCGGUCGGUGUCCAUGAAUCGCUUGGCCAUGCCUGGAUUUUUUUUGUUUCGUUUUUUGGUUUUUGAGUCAGGGUCUCACUGUGUUGCCCAGGCUAGAGUGCAGUGGUGCCACAGCUCACUGUGGCCUUGACCUUCUAGACUCAAGUGAUCCUCCUGCCUCAGCUUCCCAAGUAGCUGGGGUCACAGGCAUGAGCCGCCACACGCGGCCAUCACACCUGGAUUUUCAAUGGGAGGCUUUUGGUUUGGAGACAUCCAAAGCCUGAAGCCAGGGGGGUGUGGGCAGGGGCUGCAUUUUGUGAAACUGCCCAGCAAGCUGCCCUCCCUGGGGCCCCAGGAUCCACCUAACUGGCCUGGCACCUGGUGCCACGUGCUGCUGCCAGGAUACGCGCCCUCCCACAGGUGCCCCGCCUGAGUUGUGUGCAUCCAGGGCCUGGCGAGCCCCCGGGCUGGUGGCAUGGCCCCCCUGCCCCGUGCUGAAUGAAUGUACAGAGUCAGACAAAGCUGUGAACGGCAUAGGGGCUGAGUCCCCCACCAGCUGUGAAUUCUCCUGCAGACAGGAGGGCCCUGGCUGUGCACCUGGGGAAGUGGUUGCCCUGGGGUCGGGGUGCUUGUUCUCUUCAAAUAAAGGUACCUCUUUUCCACACUG